AAUUUUUCGCAUGUUUACCAAGUUGAGCAAUGGAAGCAGUUGAAACUUCCAGGUCUGUCAGAACGUGGUGCGCUGUGGAGAAUGAAGAUAAGAGGCAGUCUGUGAGGUCACUUUUCAUAUCAGCAUUGAAUGAAGGCAGCAUAGAAUCAUGGGAAGGUUUGUGCUACUUUUUGCAUUCAAACAGUGAUUUUAUACAAUCGGCCAAGGAUGAGGCUGAAUUUAAAUAUUUUGUCAGUAGAUCUUUUAAAACUGUUAAAGAUAUUCUCAAGAGUCCCUCUCCAAAUACACCAGCACAUGCUAUCUUGAGACUCAGAUCUGUCUUUGACAGUUUGUGUCGGUCUAUAUCAUGGCAACUUACUUACUGCACAGAAAACACAAGUGUAGUUUGCAGUGAUGAACAUGCGACUGUUCAGUUUUCUCCUCCGUGGCAUUCCAAUGCUGAUGAUUUUCGCUAUGUCUCACAUGGAAAACAUUUGGCAGAGGAGAAAGUGUCAAAUUUUGGGAUGGCACAUUCUGGCUUAGCAGUGCAAGAGGAUAACUUCUUGAAAGAGAUUUUAACCAACAAACCGUUUGUUAUUUCUGAAUGUCAAGUACGCAGUGAGUAUGCGGAAAUGUUGUUAAAUAUCAAGUCAAAAAAUUCUCCUGACGAAAUGGAAAUGAUAUAUCCAAGAGAUGGGUUUGAGGCUGUAAUCUAUUUUUCGGUCUGUAGAAAACUCGGGAUUUACGAGUUCAUGUACUUUACUAGAAAUAGUGUCAAGAGUUGGAAGUUAUCACAUUAUAAUAUAAAGUGCGUAGUAAGACCCCAG